UCUGUUCAUCUGUCCUCCUCCAUGAAUCCUUACGGUCAGUGUGUGGGAAUGGGGCCGCAUGUGGAGCACAUUCUCUGAGGUGGGGGUGUGUGCGCGCGUUUGUGUGGAUGCCACAGUGAUCCUCUAAGACUGACGUCUCUCCGGUAGCGCAGAAGAAGACCGCAGCCGGGCUCCUCCACACACUUGAGCACAGCCAGGCAGCAGGCAGCAUCAGCCCGCAGAGUGAGACAGGAAUCCGCGGAGCAGGUAGAGAAAGCUGGAGUUUCCUAGCAUGUUCACCCUGCGGAAAGCUGCGUUUAAGCACGCUCCUCCAGUGACCGCUUGAUCCGCUGGAGCGCAGACUGCUACUGGCUUUUCCCCCUCUUCGUCUCUCUUGAUCAAACCUCUGAUGUGAAGAACCGAACCUCUGCACAGCUGAAAUAAUGUGGACCUCUCAUGAUACUGUUGGAUUUGUUUUCCUAGCCGGAUUUUGUGUUCAGUUCGGAUUCUCCUUUGAAGGUCGCUUUACGGAUCUGCCCUCCAACAUGACGGUUAAAGAGGGCCAAAACAUAGAAAUGGCGUGCGCCUUCCAGAGCGGAACCGCUUCUGUGUAUCUGGAGAUCCAGUGGUGGUUCGUGAAGGCUCCGGAGCCCACAGACAGUGAGGAGGAGGUGGACGCCCAAGAGAUGGAGAUGAUACCAGAGCCCGAUCCUGAUGACGAAGGGACAAAAAUAAGUACAGUGAAGGUCCAGGGCAACGAUAUCUCACACAAGCUGCAGAUCUCCAGAGUCAGCAAGAACGACGAAGGACUCUACGAGUGCCGAGUGACCCGCGCAAACUACGGAGAGAUUGUGGAGUACAAAGCCCAAGCCUGGCUUAGGGUCAACGCCACAGCCAGGCCUCGACGGCCACUGCAACCUGCCAAGAAGAGCUCCCCACUGCACCUGACAGACAAGAAGCCAAGAAAGUCCACCUCACCUCUGAGCCAAGACAACAUGAGUUCAGACCAGAGGGUGGCCUCCACAUCCUCCUCCCACACAUCCUCCAACACAGCUAAACGCUACCCCAGCUCAGGUACAAGAAUAUUGUCCAGCUCUGGACUUGCUGUCCUGCUUCUGGCGUGUGGGCUGGUGAAGGAUGCCUUGUUAUAAUUUAAAGAACAGUUGUGAUUUGCUCUCAGAUGUUGGCCCAACUGUGUGCUUUAGAAGCAAACAGAGGAUCAAAAGAAAAGAAAAAAAGAAAAUUGCCUGUUUUACUCCCUUCGCCACCCACUGACCACAACCUGAACUCCACCAUGCGGACAGCACAGUUUGCUCCUCAUUUUCCCGCCACUUCUGCUCUUGCACUUAGCACAUUAUUACUAGCCACUAUAAACACCAGUCACAAUGGCAGCAGAAGGGGCACCUUUUCUACAGACGCCUGGUCGACGCCAGCAGAGACGCUGCCUAACACCCGGACUCUGUCUUGUUGGAUAACUCUCAUGGAAGAAUGACUUUCUUAAAGUUUCACUGUUGACGUUUCUGUGUUCAUUGCUCAAAAGUAAACGAGAAAAUCGAAGAAUCUAUAUUUGUGUAGUAUAUAUGAUCCUAGAUAUAUGUCUGUUUUAUUUGAAACACAUAGAACUAAUGUAUGUGCUGUAUACAUAGAUGCUGCUGAUAUUGGCCAUUGAUCAUUGUGAAUAGGCACUCUAGCCUUCUCCAGAUGAGAUAAAUCUAAUACAUGUCUGUGUUAAAUUAGACAAUUGAUGUUAACCUUUAAGUUAAAAGGGUCAUUCUUUUCAUUUUUCUUUCAGCCGUAUUAUCCAUCCAAAUUUGAAAUGUGCAUAAUUUUACAUCCUGUUGGUGAUUCAUCUUCAGAAGUGCAUGCUUGAUCUGGGGGUUUUGAAGAUGAGGAAAAUAUCUGACCUACAUGAACUGACAUUUGGAGUUUAAUGUUCCAAUGUUUUGAAUUGCAGUUUCUUUUUUCUGUGCUAGCUUUGGUGUGAAAAUAAUGUCCCCUUGUCAUUUUAAUUUGUAAUGCACCCUUAGUAGGAAUAAAAAAAAAAAAAAGUCACUAUUUAUGAGUUAUUGUAAAUCCUGAUAUGCGACAACUGGAUGAUUGAUUCUGAUCUGCAUUAAUCUUCUCUGAAAUAUUUCAGUGGGUAAUCACUAAUGAGGGAUUUAAUGAAAUGUAUAUCAGGAAUGCCAACACAGAAACACGGAGCAUCUAAACCCUGAACACACCCUUAUUUAAAUGCCAGGUAUCCCUAAUGUUGUAUAAUGGAAUCAAGGUAAAUCAUGAAACACAUAGAAGUGUUGUUCCAUGUUAAAUGGGACACAUUCUACAGGAUCUAACUGCAAAACCAACAGCCAUCAUUAGCAGACUGUAAACAAUCAAAGAAAUGAAAUUGGGCAGGAGAAACACCAUGAUGUAUUCCACAAUAUAAUACUUACACUGUGGUGCAUUCACACCACCCUGUUUAGUCCGCUUUGUCAAACUGCAAUACGUUUGCCUAGAAAGUCUGGUUUGUUUGUGGAGGUGUAGAUGUGUAAUCAAACACUCAUGAGGACUAAAAAAAGUUAACUCUGGUACACUGAAUAACCUCGGUCUCAGUUGAGUUGAAGUGAGGUCUGGUGCGGUUUGAAGGAAUAUCUGAACACCAGGCAGACCAGAGACUGCUCCAAAAGCAGGAAGUGGACUAAAUACAACCAAAAUCAACAUACAUGUCUAGUGCUAGAAGGAGAAAAGUUGCUAUUAAUGCUCCACUAAUGGGCAUUGCUGUUAGCUGGGAUUUAUUUUGUUAGCUACCUUCGUCUUGCGACAAUUGCUGAAUAAACUAUAAAAUCCAUCAGUAGGCAGCGGUGUGCAUCGUUAGCUUAGUAAACAGAUGUGAUGUCGAGAUUUUUCUCCUGGGCAUUCAGGUCCUUUGGGGUCGUCAACCAUUCACACAGAAGACCAAUCACGAUGGCCUCAGUCAGUAGGAAGAACGUUCGUGCAAAAAAGUUGGAAUUGAGCUGUUGGUGGUUCAUGCAUGUAACCUAAUCGAACAUUAAUCUUUGGCAGGGAAGUCAGGAGGACAAUUGAUGGAUGAAUGUGGAAAACUUCAUCUUCUAUACCACUAACAGGCACUGUAAUAAGGGUGUGUUGAGUUUUUGGAUUUGCUGUAUUUGUACAUUUCUCACAAGUAUGUAAGCAAAACUGUGAUGAGAUAAGAGAAUUAUACACGACGACCUUCAAGAGAACAGUGUUGGUUUUGUUGAAAUGUCUUCUCUUUGAUUUCACACUAUUAUAUUUUCACAGCUUUACAUAAAGCUUGUGUCCCAGGAUAUUUUUAAUGUGCACCAAGGAUUUAUGAAUGAAACGCUUUGACAAUCUGACACGCAAGCUGGAAGAGCAGCGGCUGGCUUUUGCAGUAAUUUCAAGAUCUUCGACAUGAUCCAGAAACUAAAGUGAAUCUGUUAUUGUUGACUUUUGAGCAGCAAAAAAUCAGAUUCUAAUUCAAACAGAAACCUCCAUGAAUGGCUGAGCAGCAGAUAUGUGAAAGUUAUCCUCCAUGAGUACCGUGUUGCCAUAGAGCCACAGUUAUCCCAACAAUGAAAACAGCAGUUUUUAAAAAUACAUGCUGAUCAAUAGCACAUCUUUUUUCGCUUAUUCAAAACCCCAAACUAUGAAGUGGCCACACAAAAUAAGCAUGGAUAUGUAACCCUAUAUUUGUGGUAUGGCAUUAGCUAAGAACUCAUAGGCAACAAAACAACUCAACGUGCAAUAAUCCCUGUCCUGUGUUCUUGAAAUGCAAAACCUCACUUUAAACUCGUGUUUCACUUUACAAACAAAGCCGAAUCCCCUCUCUUGUAUAGUUUAUCACGUUGCCAAAGAACAGUUUAGGGGGAACUUGUUGAUUCAGCAGCGAGGUCCACAGGCUGAUGGAGCACAACUUGCUUCCCAAGACCCCAAGAUGUUCCAGCAAGACACGGCGCACCAUGCCGCACCACACUGCGCUGCUCUGCGCAGGGCGGGAAGGGUCAGCCCCCUCUAAUCCCUCUAAUUUCAAACCGCCGCAGGGCGCUUUUGGACCCCUAAUCUAUCAUCACUGUCUCAUUUUCGUCAUUUCGCCGUGACUGGGGGACUGAUUGUUUUUAAAUGAGACCUGUUAUAUAAUAUAGUUCAGAAAGUUUAUUUUGCAAGAAGAAAAAAAUUCUAAUACUAAUAGGAGGGCAAUUUAUUUUCAAGAGCUGAGAAUGGGAUCGUGAUGCUGAUUCCACUGAAAGUUUGUCUGAAUGCUUUCGGAGAGUGUGCGCAGUCCGAUUGGGCGGCUUGCCCAAACCGCCGUGUAAAAAGACUAACAAAAAAAUGUUACAGAUCUGUGUAAAUUGUAAAUGAAUUAAGUAGCAUGUUAACGUUUCAUUUUCUGUUGGGGUUUCUUCAGAGCCAUUUGAAAAGGCAGAGGCCAGUGAUGUGCUGUAUUUGUAACAAUAGUACCAUGUAUUCAUAUCCACGUGUUAAGAAGUCUGAAGUGGAUCUUCCAUUUCUUGAAAAUGAACUUGCAUAAGAUGUGUUUUUGAAGAAAAAGAAGAUGCUAAAUCCAUGUGUAUAUAAAUAGAUAUAUCAAAAACAUGUCCAUGGUUCUAUCCCAAAGUAGGAGGAUUAGCUUGAUGGUUCCUCCCCCCACUUAACAUUGAAUGAUAUAGAAGGAGAGACUGGAGCUUUGACUGAAAUUGUAUCAUUACUGCAAAAGUGGAUUAACUUUUCAGUCUCUACCAGUUCACGCUCCGGCGGCAGAUCCUUGUUCCAGGGAUGUUCUCUCAGACACAUCGCUCAACAAUCCUUCUGUUCUGUUUCAGGAAGCUACGCUCUUCAUCCACUCUAAAUGUGUUUGUUUCUUCUAAUAAUGUAUUUCCAUCUUUGAUGCGGUCCUGUCUGUCUGUUAAGCUGUCAGAACUCCACAGAACUCUGGUUCUCUUUUUCUUUAGUAUUGUGUGAGGCUUCUGUAAUGAAACAUUGCAACCGUUUGUAUUAUAAUGACAGUAUCAGAAUAAUAUUUAAAUAAAUCAUUUUCACAGAUGAAAUUCAAA